UGAUUCUUCACACCUUUACUAGUUAACCCUAGUUAACACGGCUCGGAAACCACUGAAGUUUCUCCAUCUGUCCUUCCCAAAGCCUAAUAAACACGCUGCAUUAGAUGGAAAAUGCUGCAGUGACGGCGCAGUGUUGCUCGCAGGGCCGGAAUCAGUCAGAAGAUCAUCCUUCCUGUCGCUGCAGACGUUGAUCCGGACGCAGCUCGCAGCGGAGGGCGAGGGAUUUUGUGUUUUCGGAAACUUGCGAGCGUUUCGAAACGAGCUGAUGCUGAUGGGAGCGAGGGGCACGUGGGCGACGGGGGGAGGCGUGUCAAACACCUUUUUCACAAGACAGGAAGACGAAAGGAGAGAUAGAAAGAAGAAAGAGAGGAAGAAAGAGGUCCAGAUCCCCACCGGAGAGCGUCGAACCCCGAAGUUUGUUGAAAGAAGCAGGAGAGACGGCUCAGAGACAGACAGACGGAUGCUAUGACACAGACAGCGGUGCAGGUUUUGUCUACAGUGCCCUGCUUCACUAUGAAGGGCCGAACGGUGGCGAUGUCUCCAGGAGAGGACGGUCUAAUCGGGAUCCCCUUCCCGGAGCACAGCAACGAGCUGCUGUCUCGUCUCAAUGCCCAGCGGCGGACCGGGCUGCUCUGCGACCUCACGCUGACGUCACACGGCGCACGCUACCCCACGCACCGCUCCGUCAUGGCCGCGGUCAGCCUGUACUUCCGGCGUCUGUUCGGGGCGGAGGAGGGCGAGGAUGGAGACGAGGGCGUAGGCGACAGCUGCAGCGUCUGUCAGCUGGACUGUGUGUCUCCUGACGCUCUGGCAGCGCUGCUGGAGUUCGCCUACACCGCCACGCUGACCAUCCGCAGCUCGGGCAUGCGCGAGGUCCUGAAGGGCGCGCAGCUGCUGGGGAUCCAGUGCGUGGCUGACGCCUGCCGAGACAUUUUGGGCGAGACGGGCGACAAUCCAACGAACCAGCAGCUGCCAUCCCGCCGCAAGCAGGACCGAUGCUCCGUGACCCGAGCCGUGUCUCCCGUGAGGCCGGUGUGGCGGAGUCCUGAUGAGACGCCCGAGCUGCUUCCGGCGCAAGGGCGAGAAGGACACCCGCCGCCUGCCGAGGUACAAGACGGAGACACACGCGCUUCCCACCUGGGGCGCCUCGUGAACGGAAGCUCACACUGGUCACAGGAGUUCACCCCGAUCCCACACAGACCCGAAGACACGCCCUCAGAGGAGGAGGAGUCCGGAGCGCAGGGGCGGGCCACACCCCACCACAGCCAAUCACAGGGGGGCGGAGCAUCGGCCGGAAGCGGCAGGAAGAGGAAGUCUCAGACGCCUCAGCAGUGUCCCGUCUGUCAGAAGAUCAUCCACGGGGCGGGAAAGCUGCCGCGGCACAUGAGAACACACACGGGAGAGAAACCGUUCCAGUGCUCGGCCUGCGGCGUCCGCUUCACACGGAACGACAAGCUGAAGAUCCACAUGCGGAAGCACACGGGCGAGCGGCCGUAUCCGUGUCCCAGCUGCCCCGCGCGGUUCCUGCACUCCUACGACCUGAAGAACCAUCUCUCGCUGCACAGCGGGGACCGGCCCUUCGAGUGUCCGCUGUGCCACAAGGCUUUCGCCCGCGAGGACCAUCUGCAGCGCCACAGGAAGGGCCACAGCUGCCUGGAGCUCCGCACGCGCCGCCCGCGCCGCGGGACUGAUCCCAGCGGAUCCCCGCCGUCUGAAUCCUUCGGCCAGCAGCAUCUGGAUCACAUGAGCGUCGCGGCGGCCGCACAGCUCCUCGAGGGCCACGGCGGCCCCAUGCAAGGUGUCCCGCUGCUGACGGGGGCCCGCAUGCCCUACCCCGAGCUGCUGUGGCGGGCCAUCGCGGGGCCGGUGGGAAAAGCCCUGGAUAAAGCCGAAGGAGGCUCAUCUCCACACGGGAGUGCAUCGGUCACGCAUAGAACAUGGGAGGAGGAAGAUGAGGAGCAGGAUGCUGCUGGGGAGGAGGAAAAGUGACCAUGCCUGUGUGUGUGUGUGUGUGUGUGUGAGAAAGAGUGUGUGUGUGUGUGUGUGA